GGAUCCAGGAUCACUGCCAAGGCAGAGGCUCCUCAGACAGACGUUCGGCUGGGAGCUCCAGCACAAACGUGAGGAGCUGCUGCCCCGACAGACCACAGAGCUGACCCAUGGCUGAACCCCAACAGGACAUCAAGAAGCUGGCCGGUGAAUACAAACAAGAAGAUUCAGAUCCACAGUUGCCAAUUGACUCAGCUGAUGCCAAACCCUCUACAGAUGGCACCUGUCUAGAGCUGGUGCUUAAAGUCAGAAUUCACAGUCUGAAAGAAAAUGACUUCACUGAAAUUGAAUUGAACAGACAAGAGCUGAGUUAUCAAAACUUACUAAAAGUGAGUUGCUGUGAACUGGGGAUUAUCCCAGAGCAAGUGGAGAAGAUCAGAAAGCUACCGAAUACACUGCUCAGAAAGGACAAAGACAUUCUAAGACUACAGGACUUUCAAGAAGUAGAGCUCAUUUUAAUGAAAAAUGGAAACUCUGAACUAGUAGAACACACACCAACUCUGACAGAGAAACCCUGCUACAACAGGAACGCUGCAAAAAUGACUUAUUAAAAAAUUCCAGAAAUGAGAAACUGGAGUCAAUAUUUUAUAAAUAAUGAAGCCUGGAUUCAUGCACCACUUUUGCAAAUUUUCAUGUGUGAACUUUGGAAAUUAUUACAU